UGAAACGUAGGCCAUAUCCAGAGCCAGCAUCGUACAACCUCAUCGUACAACCUCAACCUAAGGAGUACAGACACAACACAUCAUGAAUCUGGAGAUCUCAAAACCCUUCACCCUGCCCUCGGGCCUCGUCCUGCCGAACCGGCUUGUCAAAGCAGCCAUGGCAGAGUCAAUGGCCGGGCCCGCAACAGACUACCUGCCCAACGACGCCAUGAACCGCUCCUACAAGACCUGGGCAGACGCGGGCUGGGGCAUGGUCCUGACCGGCAACGUGCAGGUGGACACCAAGUUCCUAGGCCAGCCGGGCGACACAUCCAUCAUCGACAACGAGGCCAAGCAGCUCGAGUCAUGGCGGGCAUGGGCAAAGGCCGUCAAGGGCCCCGCGGGCAAGACCCCCGCCAUCGUGCAGAUCAACCACCCGGGGCGGCAGUCCCCGUUCGGGGCCGGCACCAAGGGCUUCUUCACCAAGAACGUGGCGCCGUCGCCCGUCCCGCUGGACCUGGGCCCCGGCCUGCUGGCGAAGCUGGCGUCCGCCCUCGUCAUCGGCACGCCGCGCGAGAUGAGCGCCGCCGACAUCGACGAGGUGGUGGCCCAGUUCGCGAGGGCCGCCAGGCUCAGCGCCGACGCGGGCUUCGACGGCAUCGAGCUCCACGCCGCGCACGGGUACCUGCUCGCCCAGUUCCUGAGCCCCAAGUCGAACAGGCGGACGGAUGCGUACGGCGGGAGCGCGCGGAACGGGGCCAAGAUCGUGGCUGAUGUCGUCCGGGCCUGUCGCGAGGCGACGCCCAAGGGGUUCACCAUCGGCAUCAAGCUGAACAGCGUGGACCACCAGUCCGCGUCGGACCUGGAAUAUGCCAUCGAGCAGUUGAAUGUGAUCACGGAGGCCGGCAUCGACUUCCUGGAGGUCUCAGGUGGCACGUACGAGGACCCUGUUAUGAUGCACGGCGGCAAGGAGUUCCAAGAAAAGUCCGACAGGACCAAAGCCCGCGAGGCGUUCUUCCUGGAAUUCGCAAAGGCCAUCCGCAGCAGGUUCCUUGACCUCCCGCUCAUGGUCACCGGUGGUUUCCGCACGCGUGUGGGCAUGGAGGCGGCGGUGGCAGAGGGCGGCUGCGACUUGGUUGGCAUCGGCCGGCCGGCGGUUUUGAACCCCAGCCUGCCCAGCAACAUCAUCUUCAACAAGGAGGUCAGCGACAACGAUGCCAGGCUGUUCACGGAGAAGGUCAAGGUGCCGUGGAUCGCAAAGAUGAUUUCACCUUCCGUUGGCGCUGGGGCCGAGAGUGCUUAUUACUGUGCAAAGAUACCCAAGAUGGCUCAGCUUUAGAGAGCCUUAAAGUUGGUCGUUGCGUUGAUAGAAGUCGAUUAGAAUAAACAGUUAUAUGAUUAGAGAGAAAUAGCAGACUCAAGAAGCUUCUACGUCUGACAGGCCUGCGUGUGGAAUAUUCUCACACUUGCUAUAGCAUUUAGCGUUGAAUACAUACUUUUCAUGCACA